AUGUGUCCCAACGCGCACACCGUGUGCAGACAGUCGGGAUUUACAUACGAACUGCAAGUCGUGCGGGCACUGUUUCGGUCAGCCCUAUUUAUCGCCCACGUAUGUGUAUGUAGUAGUUGUUAUUUUAGCAUCCGGAGGGGUAUCGUAUUUCAGAUAAAUCCAAUAAAUGGUGGUGCUCCGAUCAGGAAAUUCACCGGUUUUGCCGAUACAAAACAAUGCAAAAGAUGCAAAAAAACAGGCUUACCUGAUUGGAGCACUAUCUAUUGGAUUUAUUUGAACUACGAUACCCCUCCGGAUGCUAAGAGAACAGAAAAGUGGGGGCGAUGCAUGGGGCUGCUUCCGGUACUCUCGCAGCCAUAUCCAGGCUGGGUCGACUCCCAUGGCGCAUGUGAUCACAUAUACUUUUGUAUUUAUCCACCUCCUUGUAGAUGGCUUUACUGUAGGGGUAUAAGUGGGGUGGGUUCAGUGAUUUUAGUUUUAAACCUGACAUAUUCUCGCGGUUGGUGGUUUCAACCACUCAACGACAGGUUACGAAUCCUCAAACUCAACGUAUCGGUGCGCAGCUCUAUAAGAUAA